UGACGAGUAGGCCAAGUAGGUGCCAAAAAAGUUCCAAAAAGUUGAAUUUGUCGUAUUGGAGUUGACUCGUCAAGCACCAAAAUAAAGAUGCGCUCGUCGUUCACCUUUCUUCUCUACUGGCUCUCCACUGUGGGCGAUGUUUCCGGCUGGCAUCUCGAGAUCGUCAUCACGUCCGCUUGGCGCAGUGUCGAACGGCGCAACAUUCUACGCGAUGCUCUCUCCGUGUGUGCGCAGCAAGCACAUGGCCAUAAGGUCAGCUACCACUUCUUCCUCGGUAACGUGAACACCACGUUACCCGCAGAUGAGGAGAAGGACAGGAUUUUGUACGCAAAUGGCCGAUUCUUUCCUACAAUUAAGGCGUACAAUAGUUCAUCUUAAGAAGCAUCUUUGGCCCCUUUUUUAAUGGGAAAUCACGCCAACGAUGCGCUUUUCAAGAUGAAUAAAAGUAACCUCUACUACAACGGGCGACGAAGAAGUAGAAGCUGUAGUAGUAGACCCGGUCAAAAACCUAGGCAUGAUCGAGGAGGAAUCUCCACUGCUGGUGGAUCCUAGCGUGGCCGCAGUGGACCAGGCUCGAAUUGGAGCAGUCGUGGAUCCGAUCAUCACGGAUUCUGAUGACGCGCUCGACCUUUGUGGAGCUACCCAAGGUCAGCAAGAAGAUGACAACAACGACAAGUGCAUUCCUGGAUCUUCUACAACAGCCGGACAGCUACAGGGACAACUGACAGUCCAAACCGAGCCUCGACGGGACAUGGUUUUGCUCAACGCGCCGGAUUUAGACCCUCCUGUGAUGCGCGACGUCACCUACAUCCUAGACCGUCCGACCAGUCGCGCUUUCCGCGUCGCUUACGGCACUAAAUGGGUCCACCAUUUCAUGCCUACAGUCGACUUCGUCUUCUACUUAGACGACGACUCUUUUUUGAACGUGCCUCGACUUUUUCAACUCUUGGAGUCCGUGUCUUUGAAUGACCAGCGUGAUAUUAAGGCCGUAGAUAAUUCAUCUUUCAACGCAUCGAUCCCUGAAAAGUAUGUAUGAGUGAGUAUCUUCUCACUCCUGAUUAUAGGUACUCUUCAAGGAUGAAGCUGAAGGAUGAACUCUGGGUAGGUAUAAUGAUAUGCAACGACGCCAUGAGGACAAGGAUGCAUUGCUCGACUUGCGGUACAGGAACGAACGAGGUAAGAUGGAAUCUCUAGUGAUGGGCUACAUGAUGGAAACAGAGGUGGAUAUGGGGAAGUUUGACAUCUGCGAAAUGUGCCAACCAUGCGAACGGUGUACAAACGAUGUACAACUGUUAUGAGAAGUAGAUCAAGAUGUAGUAGUACAAAAUGAAAAUGAAUAUUUUUCAGGUUCAAUGUCAAAGUCAAACUCGAUCAUUUCCGCCGUUAGAAAGCUGUAGUAGCUUCUAGCUGUAAAAGGUAUUCUUAUUGCGGCAUGCAACUUUUUCAUCAUGUAUUUCCACUCUUCCAUCUUUCCCACCUCUAGUCGUCUUCAUAUUCGCGUGAAUUCUGUGGACAAGUGCCUCAUAUGACGCUUGGAGGAUGUCUUGCCUACAUGAAUACGUGCAAAAUUUACGAGAGCGAAGAACCCCUGAUCGACUGCGUCCGACGUUCUCAAGACGAGGCAGCAAGACUUGGAGAUUACUUCGGAACGAAGAAAAGCCCGCUGUGGGUCCUUGGUAGCUUUUUACCCAAUGAGAUUCCUGCUGUGUUUUUGUGUCUUCUACAAUGUGCGAAAGGGAACAGCGCUACUUUUUCCCCAGUCGCGGAAGACAACCGCAGAGGCCCGCCGCGAUUUUUUCGCCGCCGCGCGUAUUGGCCUGGCCCAGCGUGGCGCGCUAAGUGUUUCUUCGGAGAGGUGUCCAUGAUCCGAGUGCGCUCCCGUAAAGAAGACGGCAGCGAAAGGAAAGCGAACCGCUCGCCGUAUCCAUGUUGCUAGCAGGUAGGUCGCUGGCGGGGCUGGGGGAUGAAUGGCAUGAGCAGCCCGCAGAAAUAUAAGGCAGGCUGGCUCUCUCCGUUGUUGUGUAUGACAUGUUUGGCAAUGCAUAGGCGCGAGGAAUCUACCAAGGAGACCCGCAGCGCCGCGGCGUCGUCCUUCGUUAUGGGCUGCCGCGGGCUCCGGUGUGUGGUGGCGUGAAGUAUGAACGAGGCCAGCGCCGUAGAAUGUUUGGACGAAGGGGCGCCAAGUUGGUUCGUUGCAUGCUAGAGGAAUGCAACGGCCCGCGCCUCCGGUGUGUGUCUCCCGCAGACAAUGGCCCCCGCUCUAAGUAACGCCUGGGCGGCGCGUGUGUGUCGGUCGCCCAUAAAUAUUGUAGGGCGGAGGCCACGAUUUCAGGCCGGUGCUGAUUCGCCGAAGCUGCUUCGGCGAGUUGGGUAGCUAGGUGUUUGUGUUUUAUUUCGUGGCGCUUACCUUGAAACGCAGGCGCCUGCUUUGUGAUAUGGUUGUCGCCACACUCUGAAGCGGGGCCAUGCUUGGUGCCGCCUGAACCAGGGAAGACGCCAACGCCCACCCCAUUCGUGGCGACGAUAAUGAUCGGGGUCGCCACCGCUCUGCUGCGAGUCAGUUGUGUGGGGUAUUGACAAACUGUGAGGGGGCCUGCUCCUUCUGUGGCUUCAACGCUCUCUCACUGAUAUCAUUACAACCAACGCCAGGCAUGGGCUGGCUUUUCGGCCGCCGCAUUAUCAGCUAUAUUGCGCGCAACGCCGCCGACUUGAAAAAGCGAGGCGCCGCAGACUUGAUCUUGGGUUAUUGGUUGGUUGGUCUAGAGGACUUGCAUUGGGUGGAUACCGGUCCACUCGGAAACUUCCGAUUUCACGAUUACCCGAUGCAUGGAAACACGUUCACUCGGAAUUGUCAUAGUUAAGGCUACUGCACUGAAAGAGUAAGUAUAUGUUAGAUUGCUUGAGCCUACACGUACUUACUUAAUCCUAAACCAUUAUAGUAGCUUUCAGAUAAGAGGAGCUAUUGAAUAGCUCUAAGUUCCUCACGAUUUCUGGUAGUGACGUAUCAUCUUUCGUUCAGCUAGAGCAAUAGUAGGUAGGCACCAGACACGAUAGCACAAGGAAGUACCUGCUAAAAGCACAUAUUCAUAUUAAUGAAAAAUAGCCGGCUCUUUUUCCCCCAUAAGUCCUAGGUUAACCCUCCCAGCCAAAGCAUAAGUGCCUGCUCACUCUAAGGCGUCGAGACUAUUCUAGUACAUCGGAUGACCCCAGAGCGAUGGGCCAACGAUUUCGAGCGUGAUACCUGCCUGUUAGACUGCAAGCUAGAGGAAGAAGAGAACAAGGGAAAAGCAUUCAUUUAAGGAACACUGAAGAAAGCCUUGCAUUUAAGAUUUAAUACUGGAGGAAGGCAUUUAAUUUAUUCUCUACUUAGGGAUAUGAAGCCAUGAUAUUGCUGUGAAGAACUUGAUUACUGCCGAACAAGACAUGACUUAACAAGAACUCCAUUGCAACUGCCAAGCACCAUUCUAGGAGUGGAGUCUCGUUUGCCGUCACGCAUACAGAAAAAGGUUGCAAACUCUAACUCGUGGACGAAACCGUGCGGGAACUACAAGCGAAUCCAACCGGUGUAAAAACCGAAGCGCGGGUGCGAAGAGGCAGUAGCGUUGCUGAUCAGCCCGAUCUUCUAGAGGAGGAGGCACAUCAUGAGUUUGAAUCCACAGUAAACGAUGAAGAGUCUUCUACCGAUGGAGAGUCUACGGACCAUGGUAGAAGAAGCAGUUCAACUUCUACGUCCGAAGAACUACCGAUGGAUGGUAGUAGAAGAAGCAGUUCAACUUCUACGUCCGAAGAACGAGAGCAUAGUAGUAUUGAUAUGCCUGCUCAAGAUGAGAAGGAACAAGAACAACAUGAUACUGGUCAUCCGAACAAGGAUCAGCAACAACAUGCUGCAAAUGAUGAUCAAGAAGAGUUUGAGAUGAAUAAUUUGAGAAUGAACCUCGAUCUUGAUUCAGAGUUCGCAUCCUAUCCCGUUCCAGGACAGACAACAUCCGGAAUCAAAGUGGAAUUCUAA